AGCGUUUCGCGGCCGUGAUCAUGCGUAUUCGAGAGCCGAAGACGACCGCUUUGAUCUUCGCCUCCGGCAAGAUGGUGGUUACUGGUGCCAAGUCGGAGGAUGACUCCAAGCUGGCUUCCAGAAAAUACGCACGUAUUAUUCAGAAGCUUGGUUUCAAUGCCAAGUUCACGGAUUUCAAGAUCCAGAACAUCGUGGGUUCUUGCGAUAUCAAGUUCCCCAUCCGCCUGGAGGGUUUGGCCAGUCGCCAUCACAACUUCAGUUCCUACGAACCUGAAUUGUUCCCCGGUCUUAUCUACCGCAUGAUGAAGCCUAAGAUCGUGCUGCUUAUCUUCGUCAGUGGAAAGAUCGUCCUCACUGGUGCUAAGGUCCGUGAGGAGAUCUACCAGGCGUUCGAACUGAUCUAUCCUGUGCUUUCGGAUUUCCGUAAAGUCUAAAAGGGCAUCGUCUUUUUUUUUU